AUGGCUUCUGAUGAGGUUGAAUCUCCGACAUCUCGGCCUAGUUCGCGGAACGAGACGCCGCCCAAGCCGGACGCCACUCCAAGCAACAUUGAAGAAGGCGCCGAUGUGUAUCGCACGGGUGGAUUCCACCCAGUCUAUGUCGGCGACGUGUAUGCGGGCAAGUACAAAAUCUUGAACAAAAUUGGAUUCGGGGUGUACUCGACCGUCUGGCUGGUCCGAGACGUGACAAAAUCGUGA